UAAGAUGCAAAAUUACAUGCGUUAACCGUCUUAAUAUUUCAUGGGAGAUGAAAAAAACGCAGUAGUGCCAUGGUUUGUGUCAACGAACUUCUCGCUAUGUUUACACUUUUGCAACAUGAUCCGAACAAAAACAUUUAAAAAUGACAAGUUCCCUUCACAAAUGAAAACCACUCAUGAAAUUUUUCUUGUUGUGUUAAUGUUUAUUUAAAUUAAAUAUUAUUAUUCGAAGAGAAUUUAUAACAGAUAAAAGAGAUCGUAUGCAUCAUUUAUUUUAAUUUUGUUUACGUUCUUUCCUGUACUUAAGAGAUAGAAGAUUAACAAGAAAAAGUUCUGAAAAAUGCAGCCGACGAUGGAAUGUUAAAAAAACAUCAUAUUUAAUUAUUACACCUCAUAUAUUGUAAAUUUAGAAGAAUUAUGCUGUCUCACUUCGAAGUUGUUGUGGGCGUGCUUUUAGUUGCUUCUUCUGGAGAGAUUAUAGAACUUGGAAAGACACUAUUUAAGUGCAGAGACAAGCCCUCUACACAGUACAUCUUCCUAUGUAAUAUAGUUCUUAUCAUGUUUACUCAGACAGUAUUCAGUACAUCCACCUUAUUUGCAUCUGCUUUUUUCAAGGAGAAAAUAUUACAUGGUAGCAACUGUGAAAUUGAUGGCUUCAGUGCAGCGUGCUGCGCAUUUGCGAUGAUUAUGCAGAUGACUUUGCUCUGCUUACAAUAUGUUCAAUCGCCUUCCUUUGAGGGAAAAUAUAAACAGACGUUUUCAGCCGUGUUUAGUUGGAUUUGGGGAAUCAUUUGGGCUGUUUUCCCAUUUUUUGGUAUUGCGAAAUGGGUGCCCCAUGGGGAGAAUGAGUUUUGCUGUUUAAAUUUUUCUAGUAAGCAUCAAGAAGAUCGGUAUUAUUUUUUCGCUCUAUUUGUGUUCACUUUCAUUAUUCCUGUCUUUUUUAUGGUAUUGUGUUAUUACAAGUGCAAAUUUAUAAAGGCAAAGGAAAAUGUUGGUAAAAUUGCUGAAUUGACUUUUCUUUUAAAUAACGUGUUUUCUGUGGCAUUGGUAUUAAUUGUGUUUUGGUUACCGUACGGUGCGACAUCUGUUUUGUACAUUAAUGGUUAUGGAAACUUGGUUAGCUCUGGUGUAGAUACAUUCUCCAUGUUUUGUGGUAUAUUUUCGUACAUUGUCGUAGCAUUUACAAUCACAAGUAGCAUUAAAGCACACUUGAGUGAAGAAAAAGUGGAGAAAAUAACGCAUGAGCAACUGAAAAGAAAGAGAAAGAAAAAUGUCAAGAAAACUUGAUUGUCGGAGCUAUCUCGUUAAUAUAUCGACCAGAGGUAUAAGAAGAUUUUAAUUUUAAGAGAAUGAUAAUAAUCAUAAAAAAGACGAACUUAUAUUCACUUCGUUUUUAUAGUCAUUUCACAAAUAUUUUUAAUUUUGGAAAAAACAGGUGUACUUUUUUAUUUCAUGUAUAAAUCGGUUUGCAUUC